AUGAACCGGCUCCACUCCUGCAUCUCCUUGUGCUGGGUUUACUUUGUGGCUUCCAGACUGAGAGCUGUGGAAACAGCAGAUGGAAAAUACGCUCAGAAGUUGUUUAACGACCUUUUUGAAGAUUAUUCCAACGCUCUUCGUCCGGUGGAGGAUACGGAUAAAGUUCUGAAUGUCACACUGCAGAUUACACUGUCUCAGAUUAAGGACAUGGAUGAAAGGAACCAAAUCCUGACGGCCUAUUUAUGGAUUCGUCAAAUCUGGCAUGACGCGUAUCUCACGUGGGACCGAGACCAGUAUGAUGGGCUGGACUCCAUCAGGAUCCCCAGUGACCUGGUGUGGAGGCCCGACAUCGUCCUGUACAACAAGGCCGACGACGAGUCUUCGGAGCCCGUGAACACCAACGUGGUCCUCCGCUACGACGGGCUCAUCACCUGGGAUUCGCCCGCCAUCACCAAGAGCUCCUGCGUGGUGGACGUCACCUACUUCCCCUUCGACAACCAGCAGUGCAACCUGACCUUCGGCUCCUGGACCUACAACGGCAACCAGGUGGACCUGUUCCACGCCCUGGACAGCGGGGACCUCUCGGACUUCAUCGAGGACGUGGAAUGGGAGGUACACGGCAUGCCCGCCGUGAAGAACGUCAUCUCCUACGGCUGCUGCUCCGAGCCUUACCCGGAUGUGACAUUCACCCUCCUGCUGAAGAGGAGGUCCUCCUUCUACAUCGUCAACCUCCUCAUCCCCUGCGUCCUCAUUUCUUUCCUGGCGCCCUUGAGUUUUUAUCUCCCAGCAGCCUCCGGGGAGAAGGUCUCCCUGGGAGUGACCAUCCUGCUGGCCAUGACUGUAUUCCAGUUGAUGGUGGCCGAGAUCAUGCCGGCCUCAGAAAAUGUUCCCCUCAUCGGCAAGUACUACAUCGCCACGAUGGCCUUGAUCACGGCCUCCACCGCCUUGACCAUCAUGGUGAUGAAUAUCCACUUCUGCGGGGCAGAGGCCCGGCCGGUGCCUCCCUGGGCCAGGGUGGUCAUCCUGAAGUACAUGUCCAGGAUCUUGUUCGUCUAUGAUGUGGGUGAGAGCUGCCUCAGCCCGCACCAGGACAAGGAGCGGGGCCACCUCCCCAAGGUCUACAGCAAGCUCCCAGAGUCUAACCUGCAGACACCCGGGAACAAAACCCUUUCCAGAAAGAAGGAAAUGAACAAACUCUUAAAGAAUGACCUUGGGGGCCAGGCUGAGAGCCCACCGGACGCCGAUGGUUACUGUGCACGGUACAGAGCGCUAACGAGGAACAUUGAGUACAUCGCCAAGUGUCUCAAAGACCACAAGGCCACCAACUCCAAGGGCAGCGAGUGGAAGAAGGUUGCGAAAGUCAUAGACCGGUUUUUCAUGUGGAUUUUUUUCAUUAUGGUGUUUGUGAUGACUAUUUUAAUCAUAGCAAGAGCAGAUUAG